AUUUUAUUGAGCUGAAUAACUUUUGUAUGGAGUAUAUUUUGGUUAUUAUGUCGAAACUCAAAUUGAGAUAAGCUAUGAAGUGUUGUGGUGAUUAUAAUUACUAUUUGCUGUUUUUUCUUUGCUUUAGUUAUUGUAUUAAUUGUUGUUGCUACUUGUUCUCUUCUUAAUUGUUUUCAGGAUGGUUUCUUUGCUAUUGUAUUUAUUUUACAUGCUUGUUUUUUGCUAUGCUUUACUUGAGUUGAUUGAUGAGGGUGUGUAUUCACAAGAUAGUGGUAAGUCUGCAUACACACUACUCUCCUUAGACCUUGUUUGUGGGAUUACGUAUUGUGUUGUUGUUAUUGUUCCUUUCUUGUUGCUUUCCUUAUUAGUUGUUAUGUUUUCUUCUUCUGUUUUACUUAUUUGCUGCACUUGAAAGUUGAACCGAGGCUCCUUCAGAAAUAACCUCUCAACCUUGACGAGAUAUAGAUAAGGUCUACGUACACUCGACCUUUUCCAGACUCCACUUGUGGGAUUUCACUGGAUAUAUUGUUGUUGUAGGAGAUAUGAGUGAAUCAUGAGUUCUCCCAUCUAUUUGUUUUCCUCCAUAACCCUGUUUGAUAAAAGUCUUGUGUGAUUUCUCUUGUUAAUUGCUCUGCCUCUCUUGAUUUUGCAGUCAAGUAGAGAAGUCUUGUUGUUUACCAUAACCAGAUUUUAAAGUUAGCAAAAGUUAGGAUGAUGUGAUUGAAAAGAUUAUUGGCUAAUGGGGCUAUUCAAAAAGCUUUUUUUCGUCUCAUGUGUUAAUACUAGUGCAGGAUGCUUUAAGACAGCUGUGUCAUUCUGCAAAACCAUGGCUAUCUACUUAAAAAAAGUCUAAUCAUUUGAUUAUGCCGUCCUCACAGUUCCUUAUCUGUUGUCUUGAGGGUCUGCUGCACAUUGAUUUUUAUGGCAAGUUUUUUUUGAUCACUAUCAUUGUAAUUUAGUCUGUCAUGGGAAAUUAUUUACCUCUUUUUACAAGGUUAUUGAUUUAUCUUUAUAUAGAGAUUUACCUUAUAAGUGACUUGAUCAUGUAAGUUUUUACUUCAUCAGUACAUAGAACUUAAAUCCUGUUUGUUUUCCAUAUUUCUAGUGUAAUUCUUCUUUUACUAAUGUUGAAUCUUGCUUGAUUGUUUUUGUCAUUUCUUUAACCUCUGAUAUUGAUCUUUUAUGCCAGGCCGGUUUUAAGAGAUAAUAUUUAGAUGGAGGUUUUGCCUUUUUAUAAGUUUGUCUCUUUAUAUACAUAGUAAAAUAUCAAAUGGACAUAUUUGUUGCUCUUGGAUUUCUUCUUUGUCAUUUCUGUUGAUUCAUUGAGGAUAGAACAAGAAAGGAUUUUCCCAAAAAACAAAUUCAGAGGCUUAUAAGUCAGUGUAAAGUGAAUAUGCUCUUCAUCGAAAAAAAAGUGUGAAGUGAAUAUGCUCUUCAUUGAAAAAAAGUGUGAAGUGGAUAUGCUGAUUAAAAGGUCUACUUCUACAUAUUUUCUGACUCUAGUGUGGCUGAUCAUCGCCUUGGUAAGUUAUUGCCUCACCAAUAGUUAAUCAGACACAAGACCCUCCUCGGGCAGAUUCCUCCUUUUGCUCCUCUGUCCACAGGUCUUAGCAGCUGUUUCCAGCUGUUGUUCCCCUCUCAAGAGCAGGUUCUUACGCGUUACUCAACGGUCCACCAUUGGAAAUACCACUUUCCCUACGACUUGCAUGUGCUAAGCAUGGUGUUAGAGAUCAUCCGGAGCCAGGACAGGACUAUUCUUCUCAAGCAUUUUCUCAAUGCAGGAUUUGGACCUAGCUGAACUACUUCAAGCUUCUGCUCAACUGGUUGCAACUCGAACAUUUGAUCGUGCUAGAAAGCUGCUAAGCUUGUGUAACCAGUCUGCUUCUGCUACUGGUACUCCGGUCCAGAAAAUCGUGUAUUAUUUCGCUGAUGCUCUUCAACACAGAAUUGAUAGAGAGAUGGGGAAAAUGCUAUUUACUGGAGAAGAAGAUAUUGAAGUAUAUUCUAUUGAGAUGGAAGAGUUUAUCAUGGAUCUUGAACCUGCUGAAUUUGCAAAGAGGCCAUUGUAUGCCUACCGCCAAGCGACUAAAUUCACUGGAAUACAAGCCAUCUUAGAUUGUACAAUAACAGCAAAAAGGGUUCACUUGAUUGAUCUUGCUAUAAAAAGUGGAUCACACUGGACAACGUUUAUGCAAGUUGUUACUGAUCGAGAUAAAUGCCCACUCGAGCAUCUCAAAAUAAGUGCUGUUGGAAGGUCUAAAAAGAUGAUAGAAGAUGUAGGGAGGAGAUUGUCAGCUUUUGCUGCUGAGACAUUAGUAAAUGUAUCUUUUUGCUUCAAAACAGUUGUUUCAGACCUGAAGAAUCUUAAGACAGAUUCCUUCGAUGUAGAGGCUGAUGAAGUCGUUGCAUUUUACUCAGAUACAAUUCUUUGGACUAUGUUAGCUUGGCCUAAUGAACUUGAAUCUAUGAUGGAGGUUAUUAGAAGCCUUGACCCUUGCAUAAUGGUGGUCAUUGAAGCAGUAGCAAACACAAAUUUACCAAAAUUUAUAGAUUCUUUCGACGAGUCUUUAACACACUUCAGUGCUGUUGCUGAUUGUUUUGACGUUUACCACAAGGGUGUAGCAAUAUCUGGAGGAUUUUACAUACAAAAAAUCAUCAGAAAUAUGAUCACAUAUCAUGGAGAAGAGACCGUUCCUCGCUAUGGGGAUCUUAAAGUGUGGAGGGACUUGUUUUCCAGGUUCCAUAUGGUGGAAACAGAACUGAGCCACUCAUCCUUAUGCCAAGCAAGUUUACUGUUUGAGCUGCCCAAGUUCCGCGGAUUCUGCACUUUUGAGCUGGAUGGAAAAUGGCUAGUUAUCAGUUGGAAAGGAACCCCAAUCAUCUCUGCUUCUGCCUGGAAGUUCCACUAAUACUGGAGAGAAAAAGGGGGUCACAGAUCUGAAUUUUAUUAUCUCCCUUCAGCUUAAAGUUCUUGUUUUGACAUUCUGAUGAGAGUAAAGAUAGAAGAUGUUGUACUUUCUCGUGUGCUUACUGUUUUCUUAGUGAAAAUUCUAGUUCCGUCACUGGCUAAUAGUCUAUCUCUUUUUUAUUUGGACCAAAAGAGCAUCAUGCCACACUUGUUGUAGUAUG